AUGAAGGAUGAUGCUACUUCUAUGCUGGGUUCAUCUAAAGAAAUUGCUAUUAAGAGACUGAAUACAAUUUGGAAUCGUCUUGAUGCUAAUAAGACUAUGGCUAAUUUGUAUAAGGAAUUUAUGAACGAAUAUUUAAGCUUAAAUCACAUGGAACCUGUUAUGCCCGUGGAUAACUGUGACACUUGUUACUACAUUCCCCAUCACGCAGUUUAUCGCCCGGAGAAAACUUCAACUCGAUUAAGAGUUGUUUUCGAUGCAUCGUGUAAAUCAUCCAGUGGCUAUUCGCUAAAUUCAAUUCUAUUGAACGGAGGCACAAUUCAAGAAGAUCUUUUUUCUAUAGUUUCCAGGUUUAGAAAACAUCGCUUUGCCUUUAGUGCCGAUAUUAAGCAGAUGUAUUCACAAAUACUCAUACAUCCAUCGCAAAGAAAUUUACAGAGAAUUGUUUGGAAGCCAAGCCGCGAGGCCCCAGUUCAAGUGUAUAGGUUACGUACGGUUACAUACGGCACUACUAGCGCGCCGUUCUUAGCCAUGAGAACCUUAAAGGCAUUGGCAGCUGACGAACAGGACUAUUUUCCCAGGGCGGCUGCGGUCACAUCUACGGAUUUUUAUAUGGAUGAUAUCCUGACAGGAGGAAAUACUUUAGAAGAAGCAAAGGAGCUUCAGUCUGAAUUAGUACAAAUGCUUCGUCGUGGAGGUAUGGAGCUACAUAAAUGGGUGUCCAAUCAUCCUGAGCUGCUGCUGCAUGAUAUUUCAACACAGGAAUAUUCCUUUGAAUCUCAAGAAAGUGUAGUGAAGACGCUAGGAAUGCUCUGGAAACCGAAGGAUGAUCACUUGACUUUCAAAACAGCUGUGAACAAUCAAGGUAGCUUUACUAAAUGUCAGGUGUUAUCUGAAAUAGCUAAGCUUUUUGAUCCAUUGGGUCUCUUCGGACCCGUAGUAACGAGGGCAAAAAUAUUCAUGCAAAGACUAUGGCUGCUGAAAGUGGACUGGAACGAGGAAUUACCUCCCAAGGAGUUGUGUGAAUGGAAAAAAUUCCUUUCCCAGCUUCAGUUAAUCGAUCAAUUGAAUAUUCCCAGAUAUGUUUUAACUGAACAUUCCCGUUAG